AUUUGAACUUUUUUUUUCUUUUUUUUUAAAAAAAAAUAAAAAAAGAAAGAAAGAACUAUCUCUUUUUUUGAAUUUUCGUCAACGAGCCUUUUUAAAAAAAAAGUCCUUGAAUAAAAUUAAAGUAAUAUACCUAUAUAUCGUUUCGUUACAGUAUAUAUCGUUAUAUAUAUAUUUAUUUAUUACACACAAGAUAUUAUAUAUAUAUAUAUAUAUAUUUUUACUUCUUUUCGUUUUGAUUUAUAUAUUUAUUGUAUUUAUUGUAUUUAUUAGUAUUUAUUUGAAAGUAAUGCACUCGCAAUACAAUAAAUUUUAUAACUACGAUAACUAUAAUAAUUAUAAUUAUGAUAAUUAUAAUUAUAAUUAUAAUUAUAGUAGUAGUUUAUUGUCGCAAACACCUUCUCCGCCUAUAUCAACACCAACUUCACCAAAUGAUGAUUUCGUAAUAAAACGAAGGAACAAUUUUGAAGAUUCUUUAUCUUUAAAUAAUUCAUCUUUUAAUUUUUUGCAUCAAACACCUAAACCGAUAUCCCAAAUUUAUUCCCCGACAAAUAAUAAUUAUUCAAAUUUUAAUCAUAAUUCACAACCGGAUUAUUUUAAUCAAAGUUCACGUCUAUCAAUUAAAAUGUUAUUAUCUGAACCUACUCAAGAUUUAACUUGCUCAGAAAGUAAUCAAUAUAAUAAUAAUAUACCAUUUGAAAGAUCUUCAUCAAUUCAUAAAAUGACGAUGGCUGUGCCUCAAUGUGUGGGAGGCACAAAUGGUGAUAUACAUGCAAAAAUUUCCACAAUUUCCACAUGCUUGAUCAAUGAUGGAACAACAUUAACACCAGAAAAAACAACAAUGCAAACUACGGCCAAAUCAAACGCAUCAGAGAUUGAACCUAAUUUUGAUAAUAAAGUUCAUAUUGUAGGACCAACCCUUUGUUCCCGCGUAAAACAGUAUCAAAAAAUUGCACCAAACUUAAAAAUUGAUAUGGAAUCAUCUGAUGAUUCGUCUUCCCCAAUGAAGAUAAAUUAUUUAUUAAAUUCACCAAUUAAUUCACCUAUUAAUUCUAAUUUUCCAAUGAAUUCACACACUAAUUUUUCAAAAGUACAAAAGACUAGUAUUUCUAAAAUUCGAAGUUAUGAUAAACCAUUUUCUGAAAGAAAGAGAAAAAGUAAUAGUUUGGCUAGAGUUAUGCAAGACCGUGGAUUAUUAAAGUCCACAUUAAAUGUUACUUCGACAACAUUUACUGAAACGAAAUCAGUUCUUUUCCCAAAUCCACCUACAAUGGAAAUCAACGAACUCAAAAAAAACAUCAAAGAUUUAAAUAUUGAAACUACUUGUUUAGAUAAUGCUAAUAUAAAUAUAAAAUGGAAGGGUCAACCACUUAACAUUUCUCAUUUAACUCAUUAUCCUCUCUUACAUCCAAAAGAAGCUCACGUGACUUCCAUCUUACGUUUAACUCCUGUACAAUAUUUAACAUCAAAAUAUAUUUUAAUUUCUUCAGCGAGAAGAUAUAUUAAAAAGAAUUUACCAUUUCGUAAGAGUGAUGCACAAAAAUUAUUAAGAAUUGAUGUAAAUAAAGCAAGUAAGCUUUGGGAAUUUUUUCAACAAAUUAAAUGGAUCUAGAAACAUCUUUUAAGAAGAUGUAUCGUGUUUACUAAAAAUUAAAUUCAUUAUUUAUUAUAUAUGCAAUGUUAGUUCAUUAUGCAGAUAGGUAAUUUAAUAAUAGGAUGUAUUGUCUUUCUGGUUUCAUUUGUUGUUUUUAUAGAUUCAGAACCAAUUAAUUUUUUUAUUUUAUUAUUCUUAUAUUUUUUUUUUUUUAUUAU